AUAAAUGAGCAUGACCACACCUAUUAGGCGACAUGUGUUCUUCUCUUAAUCUUCAUGGCUCUUCAUUCAGUUGGACAAGUCUCAAAAAAUUCAAAACUUGAGUCUCGCGUACAGCAACUGAUGGAUUGGAGUUCUCGUCGUUCAAUCAUCACUCUAUCAUCACAGAAAUUCAAUACAUUGGUUAAGAGCCGUCCCAGGAACUAUUCUAUCAUUGCUAUGCUCACUGCUCUGAAACCACAAAGACAGCGUACUGUAUGCAAACAAGCAUAUGAAGAGUAUGAGAUACUGGCUAACUCCUGGAGAUACUCACAGCAAUACUCAUCACAGCUUUUCUUUGUAAUGACUGAUAUUGAUGAAGAUGAAAUGGAUGUCUUUCAACAAUUGCAUCUCACCACUUGCAAUAGAUUCUAA